GAGAUAAAAGAAACCAGAGUUCGAACUCACAACAAAGAAAGGCAGUGAGCUGUGUGGUAUAGAAUCAACACACUGUUCUGAGACUUUCAUUCUGACAAUUACCUGAAGUUGGGAUGCCUGCAGAUUUCAAUGGCUACUGGAAAAUGGUCAGCAAUGACAAUUUUGAGGAGUAUCUGAAAGCACUGGAUGUAAAUGUUGCUGUAAGAAAAAUAGCAAACUUGCUAAAACCUGACAAAGAAAUCCUUCAGAAUGGGGAUCAUAUGAUCAUUAAAACGCUAAGCACUUUUAGAAACUACAUCAUGGAAUUUGAUGUAGGAAAGGAGUUUGAGGAGGAUUUAGCUGGGGUCGAUGAUCGCAAAUGCAUGACCACUGUAUCUUGGGAUGGAGAUAAGCUUCUUUGUGUACAGAAUGGAGAAAAAGAAGGUCGUGGUUGGACCCAGUGGAUUGAAGGAGAUGAAAUGCACCUGGAAAUAAGAGUGUGUGGAGUCAAGUGUAAGCAGGUCUUUAAGAAGGUACAGUGAGCCUACUGCUGAUACAGAAGUGAACAGUAGAAUUUACAGACUUACCACCAAAUCUCCAAAUGCUGGUAAUGAACAUCAUCAGUGACGAGAGCAAACACAGAAAUGAAGAUCACAUUAGAACUGUAUAGUUAGAGUAAAAUAUUUUUAACAAAUCAUUUUAAAGGAAUAACU